GUUGCUCCGCAGCAUGUGGGAUCUUCCCAGACUGGGGCUCGAACCCGUGCCCCCUGCACCUGCAGGCAGACUCUCAACCACUGCGUCACCAGGGAAGCCCAGCAAAUAAUUUUAAGCUAAGAGAAAAUACAGAUAUCUAGGGAUGGAAGAACAUAGAAGAAAAAAUAAAAUGCUGCAGUCAGUUGGAGGCACCUCAUUACCAGAUCGCUGGGGACCAGCUGGAGAGAGUUCACAGAAGACCCACAGGAAUGAUUAAGAGACUGGAGGGGCUGACGGAUGAGGAAUGGAUAGAAAUGAAAAUUGCAUAACUUGGCUGAACCAAGUUUGACUUCUAUGGACUUGUGGCUGGUGCUUCUCUGUGUAGAGAAUGCUAGAGACUACAUCUUAACAAAGCGAACGUCUUUCUUUUGUCCUGUCUUGUUUUGUGGGACUCAGUGGUUGGUAUUUGGAACUCCUAUGUGCUGCCACUAUCUCUUUAUGCACCAGAAUUCUGAAGUGGACUUUCACAUAGUUUUCUUUUUUUAAUUAAUAUUUUAUUGGAGUAUAGUUGAUUUACAAUGUUGUGUUAGUUUCUACUGUACAGCAAAGUGAAUCAGUUAUACAUACAUCCACUCUUUUUUAGAUUCUUUUCCCAUAUAGGUCAUUACAGAGUACUGAAUAGAGUUCCCUGUGCUAUACAGUAGGUCACAGCUUUUUAGACCAGCACUGUAAAAGUAGAAACUCAGUAUGUAUUGUAGUAAUUUUAGAAACCCAGAUACAGUAUUUGGUCCCUGAGGUACUGGUUGGUUUUAGGAAAUUAUAGCCUUGAUGAAAUCCAAGCAUGAUUGUAUGAAACAUGUACUUGGGAAAUGAUUGUAUAAAAUUCCUUUUUGGGGUAUGGAAGGCAUAAAACUUUUAAAUAACAGUUGAAAUUAGCCAGGAGAAACAUUUGCAUAAUGUUGCCAGUUUUAUAGCCCUUUUCCUAAGAAGGGGUAGUAGAACUGGAAGAAAGUGAUUUUUAUGCUUUUUUGAUAUAUAAAAAUGAGUUCAUUUAUAAUACAACACAUUUAUGUACCUUUAAGACUAAGUCAUCUAUACCAGAGAUUGGUAAACUUUUUCUUGUAGACGGUCAGAUAGGAAAGCUUUGUAGGCCAUACGUCUCUGCUGCAACUACUCAACUCUGUGUUGUAGUUCAAAGGCAGUCGAAGACAAAAUGUAAACGAACAAACUUGACUGUGUUUAUUCUUCUUUUACAAAACUUUUUUUUUUUUUUAAACAAAAACCGGUAGCUGUCUGGAUUUGGCCUGCAGGCUGUAGUUUGCCAACUCCUCCUGCAACAGACCCUUGCUCCUGAAAGCAUGGCCUGCAGACCAGCAGCAUCAACAUUACCUAUGAACCUGUUAGAGAUGCAGAAUAUUGGGUCCCUUCUCAGCUGACUGCUCUAGAGUCUAGACCAUGUUUCCUGAACUUUAACAUGCAUAGGAAUCACCUGGGGAGCUUGUAAAAGUAUGGACUCUGAGGACUUCCCUGGUGGCGCAAUGGUUAAGAAUCUGCCUGCCAAUGCAGGGCCACGGGUUCAAUCCCUGGUCUGGAAGAUCCCAUAUACCACAGAGCAACUAAGCCCGUGCUCCACAACUACUGAAACUGUGCUCUAGAGCCGAGAGCCACAACUACUGAGCCCAUGUGACACAACUACUGAAGCCCUCGUGCCUGGGCCUGUGCUCUGCAGCAAGAGAAGCCACUGCAGUGAGAAGCCUGCACACCGCAAUGAACAGCAUCCCCCGCUCACCACCUCAACUAGAGAAAGCCUGCACGCAGCAAUGAAGACCCAGCGCAGCCUAACGUAGGAUCCCGAGACAGCCCAACAGAUGCACCCUUUGGCAGCCAGUUGCACCCUGCAGUAGAGAGAAGUCCAGGGAUGUUAUAUUUUGGGAUUAUAUUUCUCCACCGUGGAAUUCAUGCAGUUCAUUCCAGAAACAUUGACCCUCUGCUUCUGUGACACACCAUCGCUGAAGGUCUGAUGGACAGACACUUUCUCUUGACCUUGCAGCUGUUUUCUUUCACGUGGAAGUUGGAAGACAAAGUGAAAGUGGCCAAAAGUUACCUGCUUUGGUGGAUAGGUGUGCUCCCCUUGGUUCUCAGAACAUGGGCCCUCGUUUAAAGCUGCAGCUGUGAUCCUCGGCUGUCUGUUGGCAUUGAAGGGACCUGAUGUUUUACGUUAUUGGUGGCAUCACAGUGUCUGUGGUUGCAUUCUUCUUCACAAUUAAGUUCCUCUUUGAGCUUGCCGCACGUGUAGUCAGCUUCCUCCAGAAUGAGGACCGAGAACGCCGAGGGGACCGGACUAUAUAUGACUACGUGCGGGGGAAUUACCUGGAUCCCCGGUCUUGCAAAGUCUCCUGGGAUUGGAAGGACCCCUAUGAGGUGGGCCACAGCAUGGCCUUCCGAGUGCAUUUAUUCUAUAAGAACGGGCAGCCCUUUCCUGCACAUCGGCCUGUAGGACUAAGAGUUCACAUCUCCCAUGUUGAGCUAGCAGUGGAAAUUCCAGUGACCCAGGAAGUCCUCCAGGAGCCCAGUUCCAACGUGGUCAAGGUGGCCUUCACUGUGCGCAGGGCUGGGCGGUACGAAAUCUCAGUGAAGCUUGGUGGAUUAAACGUGGCCUAUAGUCCCUACUACAAGAUUUUUCAGCCUGGAAUGGUGGUUCCUUCCAAGACCAAAAUCGUGUGCCAUUUUUCUACUCUCGUGUUGACCUGUGGGCAGCCACACACUCUUCAGAUAGUGCCCCGAGAUGAGUAUGACAACCCUACCAACAAUUCCACGUCCUUGAGAGAUGAGCACAAUUACAGUCUGUCCAUUCAUGAGCUCGGUCCUCCGGAAGAAGAGAGCACUGGUGUCUCAUUUGAGAAGUCGGUGACAUCCAACCGGCAGACCUGCCAGGUGUUCUUGCGGCUCACCCUGCAUUCUCGAGGCUGCUUCCAUGCCUGCACUUCAUACCAAAACCAGCCGAUCAAUAAUGGCGAAUUUGACAUUAUUGUCCUAAGUGAGAAUGAGAGGAAUAUUGUCGAACGCAAUGUGUCCACCUCAGGAGUGAGCAUUUACUUUGAAGCUUAUCUGUAUAAUGCUGCCAACUGCACCAGCACGCCGUGGCACCUCCCGCCCAUGCACACAAGCUCUGCCCAGCGCCGGCCCUCCACGGCUCUGGAGGAGGAAGAUGAAGACUCACCCUCUGAGUGUCACACCCCGGAGAAGGUGAAGAAACCGAAGAAGGUGUACUGCUACGUGUCACCAAAGCAAUUCUCAGUGAAGGAGUUCUACCUGAAAAUCAUUCCCUGGCGCCUUUAUACCUUCCGAGUGUGCCCAGGAACAAAAUUUUCAUACCUUGGCCCUGAUCCUGUCCAUAAGCUGCUCACACUGGUGGUGGAUGAUGGCAUUCAGCCUCCCGUGGAGCUCAGCUGUAAGGAGAGGAACAUCCUAGCGGCCACGUUCAUCCGCUCACUCCAUAAAAACCUAGGAGGCUCUGAGACCUUUCAGGACAAGGUGAACUUUUUCCAGAGAGAGCUUCGGCAGGUACAUAUGAAGAGACCACAUUCCAAAGUCACCCUGAAGGUCAGCAGACAUGCCUUGUUGGAAUCGUCUCUGAAAGCCACUCGGAAUUUCUCCAUCUCAGAUUGGAGCAAGAACUUUGAAGUGAUUUUUCAGGAUGAAGAAGCUCUGGACUGGGGAGGGCCUCGCCGGGAAUGGUUUGAGCUAAUCUGCAAAGCACUAUUUGACACCACCAAUCAGCUCUUCACCCGAUUCAGUGACACCAACCAAGCAUUAGUGCAUCCCAACCCUAAUCGCCCCGCUCAUCUGCGUCUAAAGAUGUAUGAGUUUGCAGGGCGCCUGGUGGGCAAGUGUCUCUAUGAGUCCUCUCUAGGAGGAGCCUACAAGCAAUUGGUCCGAGCUCGCUUCACCCGUUCUUUCUUGGCCCAAAUCAUAGGACUGCGUAUGCAUUACAAGUACUUUGAAACAGAUGACCCAGAAUUCUACAAAUCUAAAGUUUGUUUCAUCCUCAACAAUGACAUGAGUGAGAUGGAGCUGGUCUUUGCAGAAGAGAAAUAUAGCAAAUCAGGUCAAUUGGAAAAGGUCGUAGAACUUAUGACAGGUGGAGCUCAAACCCCAGUCACCAACGCGAAUAAAAUCUUCUAUUUAAAUUUGCUCGCCCAGUAUCGGCUGGCCAGUCAAGUGAAAGAGGAAGUGGAACAUUUCCUAAAAGGCCUGAAUGAGUUGGUCCCUGAGAACCUUUUGGCUAUUUUUGAUGAGAAUGAGCUUGAGCUGCUGAUGUGUGGGACUGGGGACAUCAGUGUGUCUGACUUCAAAGCCCAUGCGGUGGUUGUUGGUGGCUCAUGGCAUUUCAGAGAAAAGGUCAUGAGGUGGUUUUGGACCGUGGUUUCCAGUUUGACGCAGGAGGAGUUGGCUCGGCUGCUUCAGUUCACAACAGGCUCGUCUCAGCUGCCACCUGGAGGCUUUGCCGCCCUCUGUCCCUCAUUCCAGAUCAUUGCCACUCCGACCCAUAGCACGCUGCCAACUGCACACACGUGUUUCAACCAGCUGUGCCUCCCUACGUAUGACUCAUAUGAAGAGGUGCACAGGAUGCUGCAGCUGGCCAUCAGUGAGGGCUGCGAGGGCUUUGGCAUGCUCUGACCACUCUCCUGCCAUCCACUUGGCUCCCGUGCUUUCUGGAGCAUCCGGGUGCACAUAACAGACAUGACCACUGACCCUAACAUACUCAAAACCGUCAGCCAGAAGCUGCUGCGUGCUCUCCGGCGUCUGGAGUGUUCAGUCACCUACAAGCAUUGUCCUUCCCUCGCCUCCUCCUUUCCCAUCUCCCCCACCCAGGCCACUUUGGCAGGUACAUAAUCUGAGCAACUUGGUCAGUCACGAGAGGAGGGCCAUGCUGCCGUGCUUGCACUUGGUUCUUAGAAGCUCUCAGUAGCCGGAGUGGCACUGGACUACCUCUCAUGGUGACUGAUAGCACAAAAGGAUCUUUUCUGUGGUGUCAGAACUGAAAAAGGAGCUUUCCUUGCAAGCGUUUCUGGAAAUGAUCAUUAAUCCACAAAGAAGAACUCCCUAAUAAGCUUUUUCUAGCACAAAAAGAUCUUUUCUGUGGUGUCAGAACUGGAAAAGGAGCUUUCCUUGCAAGCGUUUCUGGAAAUGAUCAUUAAUCCACAAAGAAGAACUCCCUAAUAAGCUUUUUCUUGAGUAUAAGCCUGUGAGAUAGACAGACCUAAGAAUGUGAAAGAUAGCUGGGCUGUUGCCUCCAGUGCUGAAUGUGAUUCUCCUUUGGGAUUAUGGGGCAUGUCUAGGCACAUGACUGGCUUGAAGACUACUGAUGCUUGUCCCUGAGUUUGUUCUUUACACUGAGGUGUGGCUGGGCUCAGCCACUCACCUCCAGCUUAUGCAGUCUGCUAAGAGCUGGGGCUUCUUUAGAUUUCUACUGAAGAAACUUUUGGAGCAAGAGAUUGGGACAGUACGAUAGCAUGCCACCGAUCCCUGGUUCUUUCUUUGCUUGGUGUUCCCUGGCAGCGCUAAGGCAAGGGAAAAGGAAUCAGUCAUUUAAUUGCUCCUCACAGAUCCUUAGGGUCAGGACACAGGGAACACACACAGAGGAGACACAUCAGAUGAUAAAUAAACACCUAGCUGUCCCAGUUACUUCCUGUCACUGCAUCAGUUACCAGCAAGGGCAGCUAAGGAGGGAGGAAGAUAAAUUAGGUUCACUGUUACGUGAUGAUUGAAGAGAACCUGCAGCUGCUUCUUGGAAGAUGACAACAACCUUUUUCAUUACAAUUUGAAUGAAGACGUUUUCAAGACUCAAACUCUCAUUGAAUUCCCAAAUUUCUGUUUCUAAGAAGGCUUUGCUGCAAGCUACCAUUCCCAAUGGGGGCAUUCGACUCUGAGAAUAUUUACAAGCCAUCUUUAUUGCCAAAACCAGCAAGUACAAAGAGUCCAGAGAUGAGGCGGGACUUGCAGCAGUGCCUUGGCCUCGUGGAAGCACGCCUGAGCCCUCCUGUUCCCAGAGAUCACGAGGAACAAGCCUUUCUGAGCUGCUACAAUUCCUGCCUGACCUCACUCCUUCGCAGUUGUCAUUUGUCCUUCUUGGCAUGGGUGCUGACCUCACUCAUCCUUGGGGUCUAGGAUCCAGCAUCAGGGCCUCUGUACCCCAGGGUCCUCCAUGCCACACGGUCACUGCUGUCCUCAGGGACCAGGACAAGGUGCUGCUGCCUGACCCGGUGUUUUCCUAUGGGAUAUGUACAGGCAAGUUUCAUCAUCCCCCGGGAAACAUGAUGCUGCCCCUCGGGCCCAGAGAGGGUUUCCAGCUGGGGGGCACGUGGGUUGGUUCUGCUGUCUUUGGCUGUUGUUCCUCUUCUGGAUUCUGCAUUCUCCUCUCCAGAGACUCAUGCUGGAGCUCAAGUUGAUUUUCUUGGUUAGAUCUGUCCUUUUAAGCUCUAGUCAUAGCACUUUUCAGAGCAUCCUGGGUACCAUUGCAGCCCAGCUGUGUCCUGCAGUGGUCCUUAGCUCCAAGGUUUUUGUUUUAACAAAACCCUUUGGUACUGUUGUGGUUUUCUGUUCUUCCGGUUUACCCUCUCUCUCCUAACUAUUCAAAAGUAUCUUUGCUCUUUAGGCCUUUCCUUUGACCUUUUUUUCUAAUCCUGCUUUGGAACUAGCCAGUGUGGGGAGAGGUACACCAUGUCGGAGAGAAGGAAGAGUGUCUGUUACUUCUUGAGCAGUUUUCUAUUCACGUUUCUUAUUUUGGCCAGUUGUUUUAUUUAUGCCCUUGUGACCCAGAUGCUUGGGGAGCCAGCUAACCUCCUGGCCUUUAGUCUCUUCAGAGGAGACCAGGCACCGAGUGAACACCAAGGAAGAUGUCGGCAUGUUUCUAGAACUUCAGCAGAGAUGAAGCCCUGCUGCUGCAAAUUUGUCAGGCCAGACAGAAGGGCCAGACAGUUGCAGCAAUAGUGUAAAUAUUUUGUACAGUAAAUAAAUGAAUGUUUAAAAGGA